GUGACAUUCCCCAUGACGUCAACAUUCCGCGACGGUAUCGACGACGAUGCAUAUGAUGGCGAUGAUGAUAUCCCGACGGUGUCGACAGGCGUGACCUUUACGUUGAUGACGUACAAUGUGUUGGCGCAAUGCUACGUCCGAUCGAGUUUCUUUCCUUACUGCGACCCGAAAGCGCUGAAGUGGAAGCGGCGGUCCGCCAUGCUUAUGCAGCAGAUUGAAGCGUUCCAUCCUCGUCCAGACAUUCUGUGCAUGCAAGAAUGCGACCAGUACGAUACGUUCUGGCAGCCCCACAUGGCCGCCAUCGGCUACGCAAGCUUGUACUUGAAGAAAACUGGGGCCAAGCAGGACGGCGUCGGGUUAUUUUGGCGGCCCGACAAGUUCACGGUCCUUGGCGGCGAAAACGUAUCGUUCAACGAAGCGUUGCACUGUGUCACAGACGAAUCCCUACGAGGUCGCGUGAUCCGCGACAACGUCGGCCUGCUCGCGCACUUUGAGUGCGUCGACCGCCCCGCCACGCAAUUCAUCGUCGCGUCGACGCAUCUGUUUUGGGAUCCCGCGCAAGCCGACGUCAAGCUGGUGCAGACCAAGUUCAUGCUCGAUGCCAUCGACGCCUUCGUGGCUGAGCUACCGCGACGGCGUCUUCCCGUGUUCUUUGCCGGGGACUUCAACUCCCUCCCCGAUAGUGACGUCGUCCAUCACGUGACUAGCCGAGGCCUUGCCAGCGCGUACAGCACGUACGACCCCGUGUCGGGGGAACCUCGGUUUACGAACGUCAACGGCGUCGUCACCGCCGAGUCGACUGGUCCUGCAUUUGUCGGGACGUUGGACUACAUCUUCUACGACAAGGCGCAUGUCAAAGUGCACAAGUUGAUGCCAUUGAUGGAGUACGAUGAGGCUGUAGCCGACGGCGGGGCGCUGCCCAACCGGACGGUCGGAUCUGACCACCUCCCACUCAUGGCGACGUUUGUGUUCAAGUAACAAACCUCAUCUUGCUACUAUCUCGACGCCUUUGGUAUACUGGCCGAC